UUGAAGGAUAAAUGUUCAUCAAAAUUCAGGAUAAUUGUCAUAUAACUUUGCUUUAAUCAAUUCAAUUUUUAAUUUUUUUUAUUCCCGAGUCCAAAUUGAAGUAUCUUGGUCACUCAUUGCAGAAACUACCUAGCUUGUGUGUAAUUUUGUUUAUAUUUUGAUGAUCGAUGACCUUUUACAAUGGAAUAAUAAAGUGGGGGUUUUUUUUUUUGUUCUGGAAUUAAUGAAUUAUUAUAAUAUUUAACUGAUCACCCAGAAACACCAUAAUGAGCGUAUCGGGUGCCCUACCUACUGCACAUAUAUGGAAAACCUAAAUCGAAUCAUGCCUAAGUGUGGAUUGCACGUCAAACCAUAACUUUCAGUUAUGGAGUGAAUGGUAAAAACUAAAAAGAGAUACUUUUCUAAAAUAAAAUAAAAAAGCAAAGAAAGAUACAUUAAUUAUAUGAGAACUCAAUGAUGAUAUAUACUAGUUGUGUCCAAAUCUCGAAUAACAAAUUAAUUAUCCAAAUAUUCGAACGAAAUUUUCUAAGAGAAACAGGAUAUCCGAUCGAGGAAGUGGAUGUCGUCGCGUCUCCGCUCCAUGGCAUCACCAGCAGAAAUGGAGGUCGCUUCCCUUGGUCGCCCCGAGGGGUACACCACAACUGUCGUACGACUCCUAGAACGAGCAUUCACAACCAUCCUCUCUGACUGGAGACGGUUUGGUCUCCUCGAGACUCUCAAUUAUGAGAUAUGCAGUGUAGAUCCCUGAUCUCAUUCGUUCACUCUGACCCCAUUGAUGUCACGCGAUUUUCAAGUUGUUUGGUCAGCACAGAUCUUCAGUUUGAAAUGAUUAAGUGUAAUUGUUAACACUGUCGUCACACCUUAUCUUAGCUAAUCUGAUUCAUAUGUAUACUGUGUUGUUAGAGUGUUAAUGAUUUAAUCUAGCUAAUUCAUCCCAAUGAUGAUGAAUUUGAUCGAGUUACAACAAAAAUCUCAGAAAAUUACAUGAUCACAAGGCUUUCCCAUUGCAUGGUAGGUGUGUCACGCCAUAAUGGUGGCAUGUAUAUAUAUAUAUAUAUAAGAAGGGAACCUUAGGAACCGUAAAUACACGUAUUAUGAAAAUGCAUUGAAUUUGAUUAAAGUAGAUUCUAUAAACAAGUUAAUUCAUCUACAAAUUACGUACAUUUGCCUUCGCCGGAAAACGAAUGAUCCCGGCGGCCGGCGAGAAACAAUUUCGGGGAAUGCAUGCAUGUAAUGUAAUUAACGAACGACGGACGCCAGUAUAAGUACGAAUCUUGUUAGAAUUUAAUUAACUUGAUGCUGAUUUAGCAAUUAGCAUGAGAACAAUCUUUCUCCCUCUACCAAGUACCAACCAACAAGUAUAUCCAGUAGAGAGAGAAACAAUAUAGGAAGAGAUAGGAAGAGAGAGAGAGAGAGAGCGAUGGGCAAUGUGGCAUUGUGGCUAGGGGUGUUCAAAUGGUUACCAUGGUAAUAACCAAACCAAAUAAGUCUAAAAAUCUAUUAAUCAUGGAAUACAAUAUCAUAACCAAACCGUCCCAACUGAUACAACAACCAAAUUAACCAAACUAAAGUUUAUUCGGUUUGGUUAAUUGGUUAACCAAAAUAACCAAUAUAACAACACAUUAUCAUUAAGUGAGAAGAAUUUUCAGUUAGUGCAUCGAUUUGCAAUUUAUAUAAUAAACAACACAUAACAAUCCACAUAAUUGUAGUUAACCCCUUAACGUAAGUACAUGUAACAAAUACAAUUAUCUUACAUUUGACUCUUUAGUGGUUAUGCAAAGUAUUAAGUAUGUGUAUAUAAUAUAUAUAUUAGAUAUAUGACAAAUUACUUAACUAGUUAAUUUGGUUUGGUUGGUUAGGAGUGUCUGAAACCAAACCAAACCAUCUAAACCAAACAAGCUAAAUUUUUUAACCAAACCAAAUUAGCCAAAUACUACUGGUUAAAAUGAUUACCACGAUAACCACACAAUUUUGAACACCCCUACCAUUGCCAUUACCAUCAUCCUUUGUUGCUUUGCUUUCUUUGCUUUCCAUUACCAUUACUGUUUGCUGCUGCUGCUACCAGAAGAACGACAGAGGGCCAGUGGCAGUGGUGGUGAGUCCCAUUGAUACCUGCGUUGAAAAUCGAUUGUUAUUUAUUAUGAUAUCUUUUGUUGUUUUGGUUUAUGAAAAGGGAAAGGGGGUAAAAUUUCUGAUGUGUCACUAAAGUCUGAAAACCCAACAUUUUGGUCGAGACAUGGAGUUAAGAAGGGCCAUGGCGUAGGGUACCCUUCAUUUCACUAGAAUAAUUUAUGUCGUAUCAUUAGUAAGAAAACGCUAUUUAGACGUUGAAGUAAUCGAUAUUGUUUGGGAUAUAAUACUAUAUCGUAAGCUCUAAUGAGUAAAAUUUAAGUCCUAAUUCUCUAUCUUGUAUCCUUAAAAGUACUUUAAUAAAACAAAAAAAAAACAAUAAUCGACGAUUUUGAUUCUUUGAAAUAUAUCCAACAUACUAGAUACACCAUCUUAGCGUUUAUGAUGAGGAGUUUAGAGAAUUGGAACCUGGAAUUCACUCAUUAAAAGGUUAGAGUAUAGUAUUGUGUCUCAAAAUUCAGGUUAAUUCACAUUCUAAAUAAUAUUCUUACGGUACCGUAUAUUUAUCCUCUUAAUAAUUUUUUUUAUGCGAACAUAUACAUAAUAAUAAUAAUAAUAAUAAUAAUAUUAUUAUUAUUAUUAUUAUGUUUGCAUGUGUGGGCUACUGCAUGUGGCGCUUUCAUCGAUCGCUUUCUUUCCAGCCUUUUUCAUUACCUAGUUUCUUCCUUUUGGCAAUACCACAUCAUUGACAUCAUCAUCAUUUCACAUCAUGGUUUUUUCAACCGAAUCGCAAUUCCGAAUUUCCGACAGAAAAACUGAAACACUACAAUUGCAACCUCCAAAUGGUGGAUUUUUAUAUUUGUAGUUGUUUAUAUACUCAAAUAUUUGAAAUGUUUUAUGACUUAUGUAUUGAAAAUUUUGAUCUUAUCAUUGAUUAUGCAUAUAAUUGCAUAUUUAUUGUUUAUAUUAGGAGUGAAAAAUAAUCUAAAAGUGAGAAUAUACAAGUAGCCUCACAAAUUCGGUUUUGUGUUAAAAAUCGAACCGAACCAAAUUAUAAUUCGGUUUAAACCGACCGAACCAAAUUAUAAUUCGGUUCGAAUUCGGGGACCCGGUAUUCAUAAUUUCGAUUCGGUCGUAACCGAACCGACCGAAUGCCCACUCAUAGUAGGUAACAGCUAGCUGCCUAUGUAUAUGAAAUUGUUGCAGUUGGAGAUGCUAGCUAUAUAGCUAGGCUCUUAUAUGCAAUCUAAUACUGUAAUACACAACCAAUUAGCUAGCGGGGAUCGAUAUAACACGUUUUUUUGUACAAAUAAAACUACAUCAUUAUGAUUCCGCGAUACAAAAUUCUGAAUAUGUAUUAGGGCCGGAAGUGCUAGAAGAAAGAGGGGAUUUUCCGGCGAAUAAACGUUGCAAAAUAGCUAGCACUCGUUUUACACUGAGAAUCGUUUUGUUUUUUUACUUUUACUAAAAGAUGGUCGGCAAGAAAGGGAAUCGAACUUGCAAUUUCCCAAGUCUAAAACUAACGACAAGAAAAUCACUUAAACCGUAAUAAUUAACUAGAAUUCGAGCCCAUCGUUAAAGUUGUUUGGAAACGGAAUGAACAGAUUUCAAAGAUUGUGUUCAUUGUGGAAUAUCUAGAUUGCUCGGAAUGGUAUGGUCUUUGAGGGAAGGGCUUUCUUCCCGUCCGCUGUAGCAAUUUUAGCUGAUCGUGAUGCUCAAAACGUCCAGGAAGAUAGGAUCUCGCCCUCAGCUUCCAUUAUUGUAAUUGUAUCUCUUCCUACUUGUUUGGGUUUGGAAUGAAAUGAAUGAUGUUUUAUAUAUAAAAAAAAAAGCCAGCCGGGUGGGGUAGCUUGACGGAGAAAUUAAGGAAGGUGUGAUGUGGGAUCGGAAAGUGCUUGGCUUGCCCCCACCGGCCACCAGCCCCACGCCGCCCCAAAAUUAAACCUACUUAAUUAGCUUAAGUACUUAACCCUUUUGUUAAUUAUUAUAUUUCCCUGUCUAAUACAUUAAUCCAACCGCCGUUACCACAUUUUAGCGGGAACUGAAUUAUUAGAAGAUAAUAUUAAAUCACAGUUUAAUUAUCCGCUGUCAUCAUCAAUUCCAUUCCGCAUACAAACAAAAGCGAAAACACAGGGCGCGCGCAGAGAGUGAGAGAGAGAGAGAGGACCGGCCGCGCCGACUGAAGGUCCGAACUGACCGGCCGGCCGGCCGCACUGAAGGAGUGUCAGGCGGCCAGCAGACUGUUCGUCAAAUCCUUGCAGAUUUUUUUUCCCUUCGAAAUCCAGGCUGCAGAUGACUGUUCGCUGAGAGUCAAAGGUACGUAGGGUUAGCAGUUAAGUCGGCCCGGUUUGAUUAGUAGAGUUAACGUUAGAUUAGAUCCAACCGGUUUAGGUUGUUGAGAAACCGGGUUAGAAUACACAGACAAAAGAUAUCAUAAUAAUAUCUGACUGGAAAAAAAAAAAUAGCGGAGUAUCGACAUGAUUAAUAUAUGAGAGAAAGGUUGAGACCAAUGUAGUUAAAACAGUGGUUUAAAGCUUAAAAACUUACAUUUUUACGAUUUUAGGUCACUAAAAUGUUUCAACGUAGAAACUCGAUUUUUAUAACUAUUGUAGUUAAAAACGCGUUUAAGAGCUUAUGGUUUUACGCUUCUAGAUCAUCAAAAUGUUUCUACGUAAAAACACGCUUUUGACUACAUUAGUUGAGACUUGAGAGUUGAGACUAUGGCUUCAGUGACUGAAAAUGGUGAGGAAAACUAUUUGAAUGGCUAACGUUGGAAUAAGGUUGAGUGAGGGACUUAAUCGCAUCCCUAAAAUUUUAAUUUAAAAAAUUAUUUGAAUUUCAAACCUCAUCCGUUGAUCAAACGUAAACCCUUUUCUAUAACUGCACAACGAACCAACUCGAGUCGUACACGUGUCCUCCCCAACUGAAUCCACCAACCUCAUUUCGGAGUCGAUUACCGCCAAAUUCCCCUCAAAGUCAUCAGCAAAAGCCAAAAAACCCUCUUUUUUUCUCAAUCCAACGGUUCAUGUCUCUUCCACAACUUUCAAGCUGCACCGUCGGAUCAAACACACAGUCAGCACUCAGCAGCAUCUCGCCCUCCAAUUCGGCAAAAUUAAAUUUUCAAAAAAAAAAAUGUGACGAGGGAUUUAAAUAAAAAAUCAAAUCCCCAAAAAACCCUGUGCUUCUUCUCAGUCGCUUCUUCCCCAGUCCCCUCCACUUCCUCGAACUCCCGGCUCCUCCAUUGAUGAGCUCCCGCAGACGGCGGAGAUCUUCUUCUUCCGCUGCAUCGUCGUUCUGGUCCGGAACUUCUUCCAACUUCAGAGCUCGCAGGGAUUGACGAGAGAAAUCGAAAGGACGAAUUGCGAAUUCGACUAGAAAGGGGGGCUGGAGGGGGGAAGAGCUCCGGAGAGAACACGUUUCGCCGAUUGCUUGCUUGCUUGCUCAGCGAUGGAGCAAGGAGAAACGGUUUCGGAUUUCGCGCCGAGGAAAUUAGCGCGGCAGCUUGAUUUCACGGCCGUCUGUAGAGCGGCGGAGCAUGACUCUCACCUGCUUCAGCAACAGUCGGAUUCGAUGCUGCAGCUGCAUUUGCAGUUACAAACACCACAGCCGAAGUCGCAGUCGCGAGAGCUCGCCGCAGCGGGAUUGGAAUUACAUUUGAAUCUGAGGCCUCCGCCGCCGCCGCCGCCAAAGCAGUUACUGCAAUCGCGGCCACCACCACAGCCUCAAACGCAGGUAAUGCCGCAAUUGCAAGCGAGGCUUCAGCAAGUACCGGCGGCGGCGAUGUAUCGGAUCCCUCAUCCCGUACAUAAACUGCCACUGCCUGCGCUGCCAGUCAAGAAGCAAGAAUCUCCUAUCAGUCGCCAUUAUAAAAAAAAGAAGCAAGAAUCUCCUAGACCACGUCCAAGGGUUGACACUGAGGCAAAAGAGGUCAAUGUUACUCCUAACAAGCCUAAGCAGUGUAAUUGCAAGAAUUCUCGGUGCUUGAAGCUGUAUUGUGAAUGCUUUGCUGCUGGGCUGUAUUGCAAGGACUGCAACUGUGUAAAUUGUUUCAAUAAUUUGGAACAUGAGAGUGCUAGGCAAGAAGCUGUUGGGCUAACCUUGGAGCGCAAUCCAAAUGCUUUUAGACCAAAAAUUGCUAGCAGCCCUCAAGGGUCUAAGGCUAGUGGGAAUACAGGAGAGGUUCAAAUGAUUGGUAAGCAUAACAAAGGAUGUCACUGCAAGAAAUCGGGUUGUCUAAAAAAGUACUGCGAGUGCUUCCAAGCAAAUAUUUUGUGCUCAGAAAACUGCAAGUGCAUGGACUGCAAAAAUUUCGAAGGAAGUGAAGUAAAAAAUGCUAUCUUUUGUGGUAACUCAAGUCCCAACAUUUAUGCUCAUCAAGCAGCAAAUGCUGCCAUCAAUGGAGCCGUAGGAUCUUCAGGCUAUGGGUCGGAAAUUUUAUCGAAGAAAAGAAAGAGUGAUGACAUGUUGAGUUUCAGUUUAAAGUUCCAGCAGGAAACUCACCUGGACAGUUCCUCUCCAUUGCCUGACCAGAGAUUCCAUACUUCCAGUCCUGCUCCUUUGAGAUCUUCAAAAUUGAAAUACAGGUCCCCAUUGGCAGGCAUAAUCCAACCACACCAUGUUAAGGAGCUUUGCUCGGUCUUGGUGGUACUUUCAAGGGAAGCUGGGAAGGAAAUAUCAGGUAGGAAAGGCAAAGCGGAUGGAGUACCCGAUCCCGAAGCAAUAAGGAGUGACGAUUCUUCUGCUCCACCCAUUCAAGAGAGGCAGCAAAACGAUUGCUUCGAGCAGACUGCAACCGAAAGAGAGGAAACUGCGGAUUCUAGGGCAGACUUGGAAAAUGGAAGACCGUCCUCUCCAGAGAUCGAGUCAUCCAUUUGCGAAGUUAAACCCACCCAGCUGGAACAACCAUCAUCAACUAACCCUCCUGAUUUCUCUGAGGUCUACGCCGAACAGGAAAGGCUCGUAUUGACCGGUUUUCGAGACUUCCUGACCAGACUCAUCAGUUGUGGAAGCAUAAAAGAACAAAUGUGUUCUCCACCAGCCAAAGGUAAAGUGGGGAACCAACAACAGCAUGAAGUAAAUGGUACAGGAAUUCAUUACAGUCCUUCGUAUACAAAUGGCAUCAUCAUGUCUCCAGUAUCGAGGGCUUCUCUAGCGAAUAACGAUCGACCGCAAGUGAUCUCUGCUGCACCAUCUCCCAUCAACGGUAGGGUACAAACUCCCAACAGCAAGAACUGAGUUUUUGGGUGCACUCCAUUCCAUGGCAGGAUAUAAGCUUCCCGCCAGCUACAGAUGAUGCAAGUAGCUCUCACUGCAUAGAGUGAGAAGAAAAAGGUAAAGAGAAGCAGCUAAUCAACAGGAACUAAUAGCUCAUUUUUACAGAUCAUUCUUUCACAUUCAUUUCACCGUGCUUGGUGACGUUAAAUUGACUUCAUUGAACUUCUAUCCCUCUCUCGUUUUAUUCUUGUAACUGGUGGCAAGGCGGAUUCCAGCAUGAGUUGAUUUUACAACCAAAUGUACCUUCUGAACAAUGAAAGCUCUAGCAGGGAUGCAUCAUGCUGAUAAUGCCUUGUACUAAACUACAGACGCUGUCUACAAUUCGAUGGUUGUCGAGAAAGAUGUCUUCAAUAGAAUGUUACUUUUGGC